CUGUGAGGAAGAAGAGACCAGGAAAGGCGGAGCGGAGGAGCCUGGCGCGUCUGUCUCUCAGGGGAGGAGGACGGCGAAAGGCGGAGAGGAGGGAGAGAUCCGGGGGUCUCUGAUUCUCAGCGAGGGAAGAAGGAAGGCGAAAGGCAGAAAGAAAAGAGGGGCCCUUGUGGGUUUGCUCAGCCGAGCAGAGGAAGGACGUAACGGGCGGAGCGGAGAGGAGCAAACACCCUGAGUUUGCCCAGCGGCGCCCAGGGCCCUGGGGCGGCAGGGGGUGGAAAAGGGGAGCGCGAAAGGCGACUCAGAGGGGAGAACGCCCCACGUCAGCUCAGGAAAUACAGCAAGCAGGUGCCGGAGGAGCGGGAGAACGGCCCGGAGGAGGGGAGGAAAUUAGGGGGCUCGGAGACACGCCCCGAGGGAGCGGCCAGCCGGGAAACGCUCCCAGGAGGAGUGCGGCACCAUGAGCUACCCAGGCUACGAUAAAGGCUCCGAGCCCUCGGCCCCUGCUCAGCCCCCCCCAUACUCCACCCCUUAUGGGGCCCCGCCCCCGCUGCUGCCCUCCGGCGGGCAAUUCCCCACCCCAAGCUACGGGGCAGCCCCCGCAAUGCCCCCCAACCCGCAGGGCUAUUACCCCCCCUACAACGAGGACCCCAACCGGGGCCCAAUGGGCUAUGCCCCGCAGCAGGUCAUCCUGGUCCCCCCGCCUCCUGCCAAUGAGGUUGAUUACCUGGGCUACUCCAUCUUCACCCUCCUCUGCUGCUGCCUGCCCCUGGGCAUCGUGGCGCUGGUGUAUUCCAUCCAGACCCGGGAUGCCAACCGCUCCGGGAACGCUGCCCUGGCACAGCGGAAUUCCCGGAUGGCCCGGAUUUUCAACCACACGGCCCUGGGGGUGGGGAUUGUGGUGCUGAUCGUGUGGGUCGCCAUUGUGAUUGCCAUCAGCCUCUCAGCCUAUGGACACCACUGAUCCUUCCGCCCAGCCCCAACCCCCAGCUCUGAGCCGGUUUUCAACACCUCCCUGCAUCCACACACACAGACCCGCAUGCACCACAACACAACCAUCUCCUCAGCCCACCCACACACUCACAAAACAGCCAAUCUGCGCCCCCUCAUACCCUCCCAAUACAACAUCCCCACCCCGCCUUGCCAGCCCCCCAGCCCACAUCGUGGGACCCAGGGAGAAUGAUCCCCCAGGACUCACACACCCCUGGACCCCCAACUAGGCCAAGUACCACCCCCUCCCCACCACGGCGCAUGGUCCAGUGAGGGUGCAAAGGACUCUGGGAGACACUGGGACUGGACGGGACUUCAGAUGGGGUCUGAGAUGAUUCAGACACUGCAAGGGGGGGGCUGAGAGGAGUGUGGUCCCAAAUGUCCUACUGCCCCCCUCCAUGUCUGGCUUUACCCCCUGGCUCCCCCCUCCCCCCACCAUCACCACCCAUCUGGGGUCCAUUUUGGGCCACACCAAUGACUUCUGGGAAAGACGGGACUGGCCAGCCCACUGGCUAAGAUUCUCUCAUGUCCAUCUUUGUUGCGUUAGAGGAUAAGAGCUCUACUACUCCUGCUGGCUGGUGGAGAGACUCCUUUAAUGCCACUUAGAGGAUACCAGCUCGACUUCUGCAGCUGGCUAGUGGAGCAACUCCUUUAGUGCCACCUAGAGGAUACCAGCUCUACUACCGCUGCUGGCUAGUGGAGCAACUCCUUUAAUGCCAUCUGGAAGAUGAUAGUCUACUAGCGCUGCCGGUUAAUGGCUGAAGGAGCUGUGAGCAGGGCCCAUCGUGGCCUGACCAGCAAGAGCACUCCCUGCUGAGUAACCCCGGAAGUUUGGUCCCUGAUCAGCAUCCUAGUCACCCUGAGUUUUAACAUCCUGUCUAAGGAGAUGGCGGCGAAAUCCAGAAAGAGUGUGCACAUCUGUCCUCAUGAGUCCCCAGAACGAACCCCCGUCUGCCUCGACAAACCAGCUGCUGGAUCCCAGCUGGGAAAGCCGCACCCUGCUUUGAGGAUUGGUCCGGCUUUGAGCAGGGGGUUGGACUAGAUACUUCCUGAGGUCCCUUCCAACCCUGAUAUUCUAUGAUUCCACCAAUGAGCAGCAAAAAGCCUCUUGUACGCAUGUGCUGUUUGCCCCGGUGAUGGCCUGCUCCCGAUGCCACCUGCGCUCCCGGAACGACGGUCCCAGAUUACUCCGAAACAACAGCCUCUGAGGGCCUCAGAGUGCAUGCAGUUGCACCGGUGUUUCACCCACCAGCCUUCGUCUGUGUGUCCGGAGAUUGCCCUCGAUCAGCUGACAGCACCGAGGCCAGACACACUCGUGACUUUCUUGCUCAGCGGAAGCUAGACGCAUUCAGGCUGGAAACGGGGGUGCGUGUCCAACAAGGAGGGGAAUGAACCCUGGCAACAACUCCCCAAGGGCCCGGGCGGAUUCCCCGUCGCUGGCAAGCUGGGGUGGGUGUCGAAAAAAUCUGCUCUCGUGCAAACGGGCAUCGCUUCAGGCUUUGUCUUAUGUGACUCUUUGGUUAAAGGGGCAUCGGACGCUCCAGAGGAAUUCGGGUGGGUUCAGCGUUAUCCCCCGUAUAUUACCUUUGGAUACAGAGUCGUGCCUGGGACGGCUUGGCUAUGGAGUAUUGCCUGCGCAAGGUCAUGCUGAAUUGAAUUGCCGUUCUUGGCUAGAUCAGUCACUUGUCUCCUUUCUUCAAUCCCACUGGAGAAUCGUUUGCUUGACUUUAGAAGCGAGAUCCGCUACUUCCAUGGCCAGCCCAGCUCCUUUGGGGAUAAACGAAGGUCUCUAUUUCAGGCUCCACGUCGCUACCUAAUUCCCGCAGCGGAAGGAGUGGAGAGGGAGGAGAAAUGUUUGCUGUGUAGCGAGAUUGGGACGAGAUCUUCAGUUGCGUGGGCUGAGCACUCCGAAAUUAGAGCAUCACCCGUUGAGUUCAGUUUCUGCUGCUCGUCUAACCAGCUGUCCUUUGCUUUCUGCAAACUCUUGCCUGCUUUCAACGUUAUUUUUGGCUGAUAAAACACCGAUAUGUGCUCAUGCUCCAGCAUGCUCCUGUGUUGUAAGGAUCAUAGAUCCAAAGGACAGCGAGAAACUAAUUAGAGGGAACUGGCUCAUUAAAUUAUUUAACC